AUGCUCCGCCUCCUCCCGCUCUUGGCAACCGCCGCGGCCGUCUGGCCCGCGCCCAAGUCCAUCAGCCUCUCGGGCGCCAGCGUGAAAGUCCAGCCCGGCGGCGCGGCCUUCUUCAAACUGAACGGCACGUCGCCGCUGCUCGAGGCGGCCUUCGAGCGCUACGCGGGCCUCGUCUUCCCGCACCGCGCGGCGGCGGACGGCGCCGCGCUCGCGUCGCUCGCCGUGCGCGUCGUCGACGUCGCCGAGGGCGCGCCGCAGCUCGGCGACGACGAGAGCUACGCGCUGUCGAUCGGUGCGACCGCCGCGACGCUCGAGGCCGCGACGGUCUGGGGCGCGCUCCGGGGCCUGGAGACCUUCAGCCAGCUCGUGUCCUUCGACUUCGACGCCGGCAGCUACGAGGCCGCCGCCGGCGCCGUCGAGGACGCGCCGCGGUUCCCGCACCGGGGCCUCAUGAUCGACACGGGCCGCCACUUCCAGCCCCUGGCCUCCAUCUUCGAGGUCGUCGACGCCCUGCCCUACGCGAAGAUCAACGUGCUCCACUGGCACCUCGUCGACGCGCAGUCCUUCCCGUUCGAGUCGAAGUCGAUGCCCGAGCUCUGGCGGGGCGCGUUCUCGCCGCGGGAGCGCUACACGCAGGCGGACGUCGCCGACGUCGUCGAGCGCGCGCGCCUCCGCGGCGUCCGCGUGAUCCCCGAGUUCGACAUGCCCGGCCACGCCGACAGCUGGUGCGUCGGCCGCCCGGACCUGUGCCCGUCCGAGACCUGCGCGUCGCCGCUCGACGUGUCCAAGGCCGCGACCUUCGACGCCAUCUCCGGGCUGCUCGACGAGCUCGCGGGCGGGCUGUUCCCCGACGGCUUCGUCCACCUGGGCGGCGACGAGGUCAACACGGCCUGCUGGGAGUCGACGCCCUCCGUCGCCGCGUGGCUCAAAGCCCGGAAUCUCACGGCCGACGGCGGCUACGCGCACUUCGUCAAGACCGUCGCGGACCUGGCCAUCGCCAAGAAGCGGCGCCCCGUGCAGUGGUCCGAGGUCUGGGACCACUUCAAGACGGACCUGCCCAGGGACGUCGUCAUCCACGUCUGGAAGUCCGUCACGAACGUCGCGGACGUCGUCGCCGCGGGCUACGACGUCAUCCGCAACGUCGGCUACGACGCGACGUCCUGGUACCUCGACAAUUUGAACGUCAACAGCUCGGCGGUCUACGGCAACGAGCCCUGCGACGGCAUCCCCGCGGACCUCUGCGCGGCGCACGUGCUCGGCGGCCACGGAGAGAUGUGGGGCGAGACGGUCGACGCGUCGGACAUCGACGGCACGGUCUGGCCGCGGCUCGGGGCCAUCGCGGAGAAGCUCUGGUCGCCCGAGGCCGCCACCAUCCCGACGCCCGCCGACAUGCUCCCCCGCCUCGCGGAGUUCCGCUGCCGCCUCAACGCCCGCGGCGUCCGCGCCGCGCCCGUCUACAACGCCGAGGCGCGGUCCGCGCCGCCGGGCCCGGGCUCCUGCCUCAAGCAGCGCCGCUGA